AGGAGGAGGAGGAGGGUAGUUGCCCUCCUCUGCGGCACGCACCAGUAACCGCCCGGGCUGGGGGCGGGGAGCAGCGGUAGCCCCGCCACCCCUCCGCGCCCGGCAUGGGAGAGCGGGGCUCUGCGGAGCGCCCCAUCGGACCUGCAUCGUCGGUGAGAAGCCAGUCUCAGAUGAGGAGGCCGAGGCUUCCAUAGAGACACAGAGGACGCUGGUGCUGAGCGGAGCCUGCGGGACGGAGUCCAGACAUGCCCUUCACCGAACGCGCUUACUACCCACCUGCGGCUGGGGGCGCGGGGACCGGCGCAGGGCCGGCGCCGUUUCCCGCCUUCCAGUUCCGCGGCCGCCAUGAGAGCCCGGACUGGCAUCGGCUGAGCUCCAUAGACGUGGAGCGGGUGUCGCGGGAUGGGGAUGUGGCGGCUCUGCAGGAGCACCUGGAGCACGUAACUUUCUGCAGCGCCGAGCGGGAGCGCUGCCCCCACUGCCAGGGCCCCGCCGACUCGCUGCUGCUCAAGCUGCUGCGCCUGGCCCAGCUCUGCACCGAAUACCUGCUGCACUCCCAGGAAUAUCUCAGCGCCCAGCUCCGCAGCCUGGAGGAGGCUCUGCGAGCGGCCCAGGCCCAGCGCGACCAGCUGGAUAGGGAGUUGACCCAUCGCUGCCAGGAGAUGAAAGCGCUUAAGGAGGAGUGCCGGCGGAGGAAGAAGAUGAUCGUCACCCAGCAGAUGAUGCUGGAGGCCAGAGCCAGCUACCACCAGUGUCAGUUUUGUGAAAAGGCUUUUGUGAACUAUUCUUUCUUACAAAGUCACAUGCAAAGGCGUCAUCUGGAGGAAUCUCAGAUUGAACAAAUGAGGAAAGCAAAGACAGACAAACUGCAGGAUGAGAUUGAUAAACUGAAAGAGCAGUUACAGCUCACCAGAUCCCAGUUGGAGACUGAACAGCAGGCUUAUACAGUCCAGUUUUCUAAGCAAUGUGAACAGCAAAAAUCAAAAGAGGAAGAAAUUCUACAGUCAUUUCAUAAAUGGAAAGAGGAGGAGAAAGACAAAUUGGCUGAUGAAAUAGAAAAGGUGAAAGAUAUGUUUAUGAAAGAGCUUAAGGAAUUGUCUUCAAGAAAUUCAACAUUAGAAAAUCAACUGUUAGAAUUACAAAAGUCCAAUAUGCAACAAAAAUCCAAUUUAGGGACACUGACAGACAGCCAAGAAUUUACAGAAGAGAAACCUCAGAGUUCUCAGGAUUAUCAUAACAUGGUUAAAGCUCUUGAAAAACAGGAAAAUAAGUGGACAUCUAGAAUGAAGGCCUUUUCUAAUGCACAUGAGAAAGAAAAGUUUGAGCUGCAGUCACAAAUUCAGAAGCUUAAAUCAUCAAGAGAAGAUCUGAACAAAAAAGUAGGCUUUUACAAGAGGAGAACAGAAGAAUUAAGGCAGAAGCUUCAAGAGCAGAGUGAUCUGAAUAUUACUCUGAAGAAGCAGGUUGAAUUGUCCACAAGAUCAGUUACAAGCAUUAAUCCUUAUGAUGUGAACACUGCUGUAGAGCAUCUUGGAGAAUCUAAACCAAGUCUGCCAGUGAUGCAUGAGCAGGCACCCUUGGUGCAUAUGCUGGAGCCCAUAGAGGAGCUUUCAGAAGAGGAAAAAGAAAUUGAGAAAAGUGAUCAUAAAGCAGGUAGAAGCAGCCACUACCUAAUAAAUGCUUUGAAGACUUGCCCUUCGUUAACUAAAGAAUUACGAGUUAUUUUGGAGCAAACCCUGGAGGAGAAGCUGAAAAACUUGGGAAUUAAACCAGGCGUUCGUGGUAUCCCAAACGAUCACUUAAAUCAAAUCCUGCAUGCUGUUGAAUCUGCCAGAGAGAGCAAACAGAGGCAGGAGCCUGAAAUCCACCGCAUUCGAGAGUACCUUGAACGCCAAGUUAGCUUUAGGCUUGAAGAGAAAUCAUCAUCUUGUAACAGACCCAUUUCCUGGCUGCAGCUUCCUUCACAAGAUAAGCAGAAGUUCAGUCAGUUAGGAAUUUCCUCAUCUGCCUUGCCACGGUCUUCAACAGCUGUUCGCCCAGCUGAGCAAAGAGCAGCCAUCACUGAGACUAUGUCUACACCAAAAUCCAAGAAGCUUCCUGAAAAUGAACAUUCCAGAAAGACAUCUAGUACCACAACUCCACCGUUCAGCUCAGAGGAAGAAACAGAGGAAGAUGAUACUAAACAGUCUUACACAUCACCAGAAUUGCCACAAAAGCAGCCAAAACCAUCAGGCAACAAAGUCAGUGCUGUUCAGAAGACUUCUAACAAAAACAGUGUGGGUGGGAAGGAGGAAUGCGAAACCAAGGAAACUGGAACAACUGCUAGAACUUCAAAAGGAACAGUUAUUCAAAAACUGACUGAACAAGUUGGAAAGAGUCUUUCUAACCGUGGAACUAUGAACAAACCACCUGGAGGAAUUCCUGUUGCACAGGCAUUUAUCAAGAAAGAAGAGGUGAAAGAGCUGAAGUUCACAGAUGCUGAUGAAGAUGAUUGGGAUAUAUCAUCAAUAGAAGAAGACUUAUUGAUGAAAGAUGAGAGAGGUCAGAAGGCAUUGACAGUUCCGAGAAAUGAGUCAAAUGCUGCAUCUGUGGUACAUGCAUGGGGUCUUCCAAAGACAAGUGUACCAAGGGAGGAAGGCCUUCAUGAAGCUGAUAAUACAAGCACGUUAAAAAGCAGUUUAGUGACUGUAACAGAGUGGAGUGAUUCUUCAGAUGUGUAAUUGUUGCAUUCCCGGUGAGAGGCAUAGGUUCUGUUGGGGUUGGAAAUGUAGCUGGAAACAUCAAGUGUUUCCUGUUCUUUCCUUCUCUCAGUCAUACAGUAACAAAGAAUCCUGUUUGCAAAGUUUGUGUCUUCCAGUGUGGUCUUUGAAACAAGAAUAUUCAUACACUCAUUACUGGCCAUGUCCACUUAGAAACUGAGAAUUAGUUUUUUCUUGCUCAUGAAUUAAGUGAUGAAAUUCUCUUUGAUUUCUCUGAGGUGAAGAUUUUUUUGCCUCUAAGUGUUUACAUAUAAGAUUGAAACUUGUCUUGUAAAAACAAAAAGCCUCUUAGCCAAUGAACAGAAUUUACUGAGGAGCAUUACUUUGUAUUUUUUUCUUUAAAUCAUAUUUUCUUGUAUUUUAUCACAAACUUUCUAUAAAAUUGUGAACAAUUUAAAGAAAAUACUUCCAUAACUCAAAAUGUUAUGUUUCUAACACAGUUUACAAUAAACUCCAAAUGAAAAGAAAUACCU